GUACAGCUACAGAAUACAUAGAGGACGUCAAAAGAAAUAGUUACACUCGCUUGUGUAGUUCUCGUUCUCGAACUGUGCAUAUCUUAACAGGAAGAUGGCAGGCAACAGGGAGAAAGCAACCGAUCAAAUGAAAACAUUCAAGCAGAAUCGGGGAACUCAGAGACCAGAGGUGUUGACCACAGGGGCAGGUGUGCCAAUUGGAGACAAGCUAAAUGGAAUGACAGCAGGCCCGCGUGGACCCCUGUUGGUUCAAGAUGUGGUGUUCACCGACGAGAUGGCCCACUUUGACCGGGAGCGCAUUCCAGAGAGAGUGGUGCAUGCCAAAGGAGCUGGAGCAUUUGGUUACUUUGAAGUGACCCAUGACAUCAGUCGUUACUGCAAGGCCAAGGUGUUUGAGCACGUGGGCAAGACCACACCAAUAGCCAUCCGGUUCUCCACUGUUGCUGGAGAAUCGGGAUCUGCAGACACCGUGAGAGACCCACGCGGCUUCGCAGUCAAGUUCUACACUGACGAGGGCAACUGGGACUUGACGGGAAAUAACACACCCAUCUUUUUCAUCAGGGAUGCUCUUCUGUUCCCGUCCUUCAUCCACUCCCAGAAGCGCAACCCCCAGACCCACCUGAAGGACCCAGACAUGGUGUGGGACUUCUGGAGCCUGCGGCCCGAGUCCCUCCAUCAGGUGUCAUUCCUGUUCAGUGACCGUGGUCUUCCUGAUGGCUUCCGACACAUGAAUGGCUAUGGCUCACACACCUUCAAAAUGGUCAAUGCUGAAGGCUACCCAGUCUACUGCAAGUUCCACUUCAAGGUGGACCAGGGCAUCAAAAACUUGGAUCCAGCAGUGGCAGACAAACUUGCUGCCACUGAUCCUGACUAUGCCAUCAGAGACCUCUACAACGCCAUCGCCAAUGGCAACUUCCCGUCCUGGACCUUCUACAUCCAGGUCAUGACCUUUGAGCAGGCGGAGAAGUUCCCAUUCAACCCAUUCGACCUGACCAAGGUCUGGUCCCACAAGGAUUACCCGCUGAUCCCAGUAGGGAAGAUGGUCCUCAACAGAAACCCUGUCAACUACUUUGCAGAAGUGGAACAGCUGGCCUUUGAUCCCAGCAACAUGCCUCCAGGCAUCGAGCCGAGCCCAGACAAAAUGCUGCAGGGUCGGCUGUUCUCUUACCCAGACACACACAGGCACCGGCUGGGUGCCAACUACCUGCAGCUGCCAGUCAACUGCCCCUUCAGGGCCCGCGUGGCCAACUACCAGAGGGACGGACCCAUGUGCAUGGGCGACAACCAGGCUGGAGCCCCGAACUACUUCCCCAACAGCUUCAGUGCCCCAGAGACCCAACCCCGCUUCGUGGAGUCCAAGUUUCACGUGUCCGCCGACGUGGGUCGCUACAACAGCUCUGACGAUGACAACGUCACUCAGGUGCGGGCCUUCUACACCGAAGUUCUGAGUGGGCCGGAGCGCCAGCGGCUGUGCGAGAACAUGGCCGGGGCCCUGAAGGGAGCGCAGCUCUUCAUUCAGAAGCGCUGGGUCCAGAAUUUGAUGGCCGUCCACUCUGACUACGGGAACCGGGUUCAGGCCCUGCUCAACAAACACAACGCAGAGUCCAAGGAGACUGGGGUGCGGGUGUACACCCAAGGCGGGGCAUCUGCAGUAGCAGCCGCCUCAAAGAUGUGAUGCUCUACUCCCGCCAGAAGAGGGCGCCCUGCUCUACCCCCUGCACUUCAACCUGCUGUAGCUGCUAUCAGCUCCCGUCCAGCCCAUCUGAGAAAGGCUUGCCAAACAGCUUACUAAUAGAUAUAAGGCUCCUUGGAUAAUUGACUGUGUUGCUUUAUCUUCUGCAUUAACAAGCAGUCUGUUUUUCUUUUGCCAAAGUGAUUUUGAGGUCUGAUGGUAAAUGUUUCAACACUAGAACCAGUAGAAAGUCAGAUUUCUGUCUGUCAUGUCUGAUUGUUGUUGAUUUGGUUAAACUACCUUAAUAUGUCCACCGUAAUAGCAUUAUCUGAUUAUUUAUGCCUGAACUCAACAUGCCUUUCUUGGGUAAUACAACUCAAGUGACCAUUUUACAACAGAGUACCAUGCAGGCUGAGAACAUGAGCAUGGUCCUCCUGAUAGACAAAUCAAGGAAGAUACAUCAAGGAAGAUACAUUUGAUACACUGUACAUCUGUGUAUCAAACUGGCCAGACUUGCAUGCAAAGUAGAGUACGAAACAACAUUCCAUUAUCCCCUACAUGUCAAAUUCACUUUUUCCUGAAUGGUCCUCGAUACAUCUUCUCAAUCUGAGUAGACAAGAGGCGUUUUAUGAACCACUUCAAUACUGCAACAUGGCCUAGUUUGAAUAGGUUAUUGUGCAGAGGUGAGACUCCAUUUGUAGAUCAAAGUGAGAUGCUCUUGCUUUUUAUGCUGCUCUGUGGCCAGUGAUCAGGGCUGAUCUACUGUAUGUCUGUGUCCUUGUAUGAAAAGAUCUACAAUAUAUAUUUUUGAAAUGACGCUCUUAUUUGUUCAGUCUCGCUUUGAUGUUUUACUGACGUGUGGCUAAUGACUCUGUGAGCCUCCAUCCCCCUGCUUACUAAGUGUGAAUCAGCAUGUUGCCAUCCAGUCAGUCUUUUAGGGACUGUAUGUUUGCUGUAUGUCUAUUGUAGAGGAAUUGAUACCUGAUAGCAUUUUGUUCUUGAUAAUAUUCUGUUAACGGAGGUUUAAGGUAUUUAAAAUUAAUUCGAACCUAAACCAUCAAAGAUGCAUAAACUUAUUCCCUUACUCAGCCAGCCUGUCAGAAGAUCAGUAACCAGUGGAAUUCCACCAACAUGACUUGUGAAAAUGCCUUAUGCAAGCAAAUGUACACUGUGUGUUUUGUAAUUUAAGUAAAUAAAAUCUGAUUAUAUUAGAA